AGCCUUUACAGCGACGAGGAUUUUGUUUGUCGUGUUGCCGAAGAAAAGUUCUACAGAAACCCCUAUCAGACAAUGUCAGGCAUGGAGAGACUGCAGAGGAUGUUCGCCGGUGCUGGAGGCGCUUUGGGUCAUCCGCCACCAGAUUCCCCGACCCUCGAUUCGUCAGAGCAGGUCUAUAUCUCCUCUCUUGCCCUUCUCAAAAUGCUCAAGCACGGGAGAGCCGGAGUUCCCAUGGAAGUUAUGGGUUUGAUGUUGGGAGAGUUUGUUGACGAGUACACUGUCCGCGUCGUGGAUGUCUUUGCAAUGCCACAGAGCGGUACUGGUGUUAGUGUCGAAGCCGUGGAUCAUGUUUUCCAAACAAAUAUGCUUGACAUGCUCAAACAAACAGGAAGGCCAGAGAUGGUGGUGGGGUGGUACCAUUCACAUCCAGGAUUUGGUUGUUGGCUUUCUGGUGUGGACAUAAACACACAGCAGAGUUUUGAAGCAUUGAAUCAAAGGGCUGUUGCAGUGGUGGUGGAUCCAAUUCAGAGUGUUAAAGGGAAGGUGGUGAUUGAUGCAUUUCGUUUGAUCAACCCACAAACCAUGAUGCUUGGCCAAGAACCACGUCAAACAACAUCUAAUCUGGGGCAUCUUAAUAAGCCAUCUAUCCAAGCAUUGAUCCAUGGUCUAAAUAGACACUAUUAUUCUAUAGCCAUUAACUACAGAAAGAAUGAACUUGAGGAAAAGAUGCUGUUGAAUCUUCAUAAGAAGAAGUGGACUGAUGGCCUGACACUUCGGCGUUUUGAUACCCAUUCAAAAACCAAUGAACAGACUGUUCAGGAAAUGUUGAAUUUAGCUAUGAAAUACAACAAGGCAGUGCAAGAGGAAGAUGAAUUACCCCCUGAGAAGCUGGCAAUCGUGAAUGUUGGGCGACAAGAUGCCAAGAAGCACUUAGAGGAGCAUGUCUCAAACUUGAUGUCCUCGAACAUAGUUCAGACCCUGGGAACUAUGCUUGACACAGUCGUGUUCUAGAUUCUUAGGAACUGUAUUAUCCCAUCCAGUUCUGUAAUUGCAUCUAUAUUGAUAUCAUGUACUGUCGGUCAA